AUGGCGUACGCCCUCCUGGCAUCCACACGAUAUGACCCCUUUCUGAUAUCAUGCGCUUGGAACAAUGAUAUAGACGGGCCAUCACCUUAUCUCCUCCUUCAUUACCAAGUAGACCGACUCAUCGCGUCUGCCGCGCUCAAUGGUCAGGCUAUCCAAGAUGGUGUUACUUUGUCAAAUGUCAAGACAUUGUGCGAUAAGGUUGUUUGCGGGCAUAAUGAUUCUAUGGGGGAAACUGCGUUGAAGGUUCGCGUCGUUUUGAGUCCUUCUGGAGAGCUUGCUGCUACUGCAACCCCGGUAAAAGGGUUCACACACGAUCCAACUCUCCCCUCUCUCUUCAACCCCGCGAUAGACUCCGCCCCUUCGCUCGUGCUCACUAUUCGUAUUGAUACCCAGCCAACAUCAGACACCAUAUCAUUGAAAACAACAGAUAGGCGUGCCUAUGACGACGCACGCAUGCGAGCUGGUCUCCAACCUGUAGGCUCAUCAGAUCCACCAGCCAGCGAUGCACCUGAUGAUGUGAUCCUGUACAAUACCCGGAAUGUCGUCACUGAGUCAUCUGUGUGUAAUGUUGCAUUCUAUCGCAACAAUCGUUGGAUCACCCCUCCUUUGGUUGCUGGUUGCAUAUCUGGCGUUCUGCGACGAUGGCUUCUUGAACAACACCGCAUUUUCGAGGCAGUAGAGGACGAGUUGACACUAAACAACAUCGUGGAUGAUGAGUGGGUGCUUGUCUCUAACGGUGUCAUUGGUUGCCAGUUAGGACGGAUUAAACUGCAUACUUCCAACAAGUCGGGUGAUUAUGCCAAAGAUUAA